GGUCGCCGCGAGUUCGGUUGUAAAUAGAGCUGAGAAACUUUCAUUACACGGACGGGGAGAGUGGGUGAGCGACUGGGGGAUAAUAGGCACGCUUUCCUUUUUUUGUGACAGAACGCGCAGCAAUCGUUCCCGGAGACUUCCUGGAAAUGGAAGAGGCUGGCAACGCGCUGCAGAGGAAAACUGCUGAUGUCGAGCACAUGGCUGAGGUUUUAAUCACUGGAGAACAACUGAGGCUACGACUUCACGAGGAAAAGAUUAUCAAGGAUCGGCGAUAUCAUCUUCGAACUUAUCCAAAUUGUUUUGUUGCUAAAGAAUUAAUUGAUUGGCUUCUGGAUCACAAAGAUGCUACUGACAGGGAAACUGCAAUUAAGUUGGUACAGAAACUUUUGGACCAUGGUGUCAUCCAUCAUGUUUGUGAUGAACAUAAGGACUUUAAAGAUGCCAAACUUUUCUACCGCUUCAGAAAAGAUGAUGGUACUUUCCCAUUGGAUAGUGAAGUGAAAGUUUUCACAAGGGGUCAAAGGAUAUAUGAAAAGCUGAUGAGUACUGAAAACUUCCUAAUGCAAACACGGGAGGAGGAAGGAGUGAAAUACCAGCGGGCGUUCAUAGCACGUGAAUUUAUUGACUGGCUGAUACAAGAAGGGGAGGUUACCAUAAGGAGUGAAGGUGAACAGCUCUGUUGUAGACUGCUGGAGUAUGGCAUUAUUCAACAUGUGGCCAACAAACACCACUUUGUGGAUGGUAACCUCUUGUACCAGUUCCGCAUGAACUUUCGCAGAAGGCGACGACUGGUGGAGCUGUUAAACGAGAAUGUGCCCUUGGUGCCUGAUAACCAUGAGAGCCCUUUUUGUUUGCGCAAGCAGAAUCCUGACAACACCAACUCUAGCUUCCUAUCAGUGAGCCCGACAAAGGAAAUAAAAAUUGCUUCAGCCGUCCGACGAUGUAGCAUGAGCAGCAGUUGCGGCAGCAGUGGUUACUACAGCAGUAGCCCCACUCCCAACAGCAGUCCUCCUGUCUUGUCCAAUCCAAAGUCGGUACUGAAGAGGCCAGUUACUACAGAGGAACUUUUGGCCCCUGGAGCACCAUAUAUGAAGAAGACACUUACAAUUGUGGGAGAUGCAGUUGGCUGGGGAUUUGUCGUACGUGGAAAUAAACCAUGUCAUAUUCAGGCGGUGGAUCCCAGUGGUCCCGCUGCUGCAGCUGGAAUGAAGGUUCGGCAAUUUGUUGUUUCUGUGAAUGGUCUGAAUGUUCUUCACUUUGACUAUAGAACUGUCAGCAAUCUGAUCCUCACUGGCCAACGCACCAUCGUAAUGGAGGUCAUGGAGGAAGUUAACUUCUGAAGAGGAGAUGGUCAUUUGGAAAUGUGCUGUCAGUCAUAAAGUGGCAUGGGAAAAUCAUGUGAAACUGAAAGAAGGGAAAGUACACCGUAGCUCUUCAGGAGUAUAACAUUGCCUUGUUUAUAUAAACUUUUAAUUUUCUUAGAACUGCCUCAUUAUUUGAAUGUUUAAAGUUUUCUAAACACUGGAACUAGGAUGUGCUUUACCUGAUGUGUGUUGUUGUAGUAAUAUAUUAGACACUUAGAAGCAUGUUUUGUACAUCAGUAUUUUGUCUCUGUUUACAGUGGGGUGUAGGAUAUAAUUAGAUGUUUUAUUAUAAAUGCAGAAGAAAUACCUCAACUCUGGAAUAAAUGGAUUUGUUCUAUUUUGCCACCAAAAACAAAUAGCUAUCACUCUUCACUCAUUCCCUCUGAGUUCUAUUUCACUUCAACAAUAUUUGUGUAGAAUGUACUGAAGUAGCUGAGAAUUUGCCAGUCUGGGUUCUUGUAUGAUGGACAAGGCUUUAGGAUGAGGCUCUCUAAAGUUGGAACUCCUGCUGACCACAAUGAUAGAUACCUGACAAAAAAAAAAAUCUCUGAAAAAGAAACUGCAAACUCUUAGGUUAUGAAUAUAAGACUGAUUUUUGUUUUCUUUCUCCACCCUGGUUGCAUUAAAUGAUGCAUUGAGAUAGUGUCUCAAUUUAUUGGGAAUAAUCAGAGUUCAGCAAAGAUUUUUUUUCUUAAAAUUUGCAUUACUAUUUGUGAGUACAUUCUGGGCACAUUUCUCUAACUUUUUGAGCAGGAUGUAUGCAGAACAUUUUAAAGUACACUGAAUGUAGAAAUGGAACUCCUUUUGCAUUAGAUGCCAAAGUGUUAAUUGGCAAAGGCAGAGUGAAUGCUGGGAGAGUAGAUUGUUUAUCUUCAAUAAAGGGAAGAAAACAGAAAGCAGCUUUGAAUUUUACCACACUUUCAUUUGGAAAAACUGGUAGCUAACAUUUCAGUUGAAAUGAGUGGUUCAGUUUUUAAACAAAUCUGGAGUUAACUAUUGCAUACUCUUCGGUCAGCUAUGUUUGUUCUUUACCCUACCUACCUACAACUCUCCACCAUGUGUGUAGAGCUAUAACUUGUCUGAUCAAGAAUGAAGCAAGCAGUUGCCAGGAUUUGAACUCGGAGGUUUUAUUUGACAGCGGGAUUAAUUGUUGAUUACCAUUGAACUGUUACUAUGUUCAAUUAUAUCAAUGUUUCUAUGUUUAGUGUUUUUUAGUUAAAUGUUUUUUGUUUUCUUGAGCUGUGAUUUAAGAUUUUCUACAAACUGUUACACUUAAAAAGAUGGUGCACCUUGUAGCCUGUAUUUACCUCAGUCUAACACUUUGCAGGCACAUUGAGGCUUUGAAUAAAUUUUGAUCUUGUAUGUAUCUUUUAGUUAUGGUAUUUUGUUCAUAGUACUCAACUGGGCUUGUGGUAACCAAUGCCCCAAAUUUUCAAGUCUUUUAUGUAUUAACUAAAGUUAUAAAAGGACAGUAAACAUACUGGCUAACAUGUUUGUUUUAAAUGGCUUUGUAUAACAAAUUCUUUUUCUUGCACAAAGAAGCCAUUUGUCUGUUGAAAACUUUUGACUACCAGCUCUGUUUCAUGCUGUGGGUUCCUGGGUUUCAAAAAAUAUUAUCAUGAGUUGGAUCUGUUCACAUAUAAAUAUGU